AUGGGGAAAUGAGCUCUUUGCCCUCCGUCAGUCGGUGGUUUCGGGGAGUGGAUUUAAAAAGAACUGUGUAGAGAUGUCCGUUCCCCCGCGUGUGUGAGGAAUGGAGGUUUGUCCGCUGCUUGCGCUUCGAAUCAGGCUUGUGAUCCAGAAGCUCAAACGCGCCACGCUCAGGCUUAAAGGAAAGAAGAAGAGGAAGAGCUCCACAGAGCAGAGAAUCCAGCCGGCUAGAAGAACACUCAAGGAAAUCAAGAGAGAAUAUGGAUUCGAGAAUUCUCCAGCAGCAAAGGCCAGAGCUGCUCUAGCAGAGCGCCAGGAGAAACUCAAGAGGGUAGAGGACAAGGCCCAAACAUUACAGAGCAAUGCGGAGAACUUCGCCGGGCUGACGGGAGAGCUGAAGGAGACUGUGGCCUCUCGCAAAUGGUGGCAAUAUUGAUCGUUCGUUCCUUAGCUCUUUGUCAAACAAACAAAAAGACUAUGCUCGACCGAUUUUGAUGA